AUGAAAAGACUUAAGUCCUUACAACUUUCAUUUGGACACGCUGAUGUUCCAUUCUUACUGGAGCAAGUUAUCAAUGCUGACAGAACACCAGGCAUGUUUCCCUGUGGCUUAUGGUAUCUGAUUCUGAAACUUGAAAGGCCUGCUGUUGUACAGAGCAUUACUUUUGGAAAAUAUGAGAAAACUCAUGUCUGUAAUUUAAAAAAGUUCAAGGUAUUUGGGGGCAUGAAUGAAGAAAAUAUGACUGAGCUUCUCUCCAGUGGCCUCAAGAAUGACUAUAACAAGGAAACAUUCACUCUGAAGCACAAAAUUGAUGAACAGAUGUUCCCUUGCUGCUUCAUUAAAAUAGUUCCACUUAUGUCUUGGGGUCCAAGUUUUAACUUCAGUAUCUGGUACGUGGAACUUCAUGGUAUUGAUGAGCCAGAUGUGGUCCAGCCUUGUCUCAAUUGGUAUAGUAAGUACCGUGAACAAGAAGCCAUUCGCCUGUGCUUAAAGCAUUUCCGACAACACAAUUAUACAGAGGCAUUUGAGUCCCUGCAGAAGAAGACUAAGAUUGCACUUGAACAUCCGAUGCUUACAGACCUUCAUGACAAGCUGGUCCUAAAGGGAGACUUUGAUGCUUGUGAAGAACUGAUAGAAAAAGCAGUAAAUGAUGGCUUGUUCAACCAGUAUAUCAGCCAGCAGGAGUACAAACCUAAGUGGAGUCAGAUCAUCCCUAAAAGUACCAAAGGAGAUGGAAAUGACUGCAGGCCUGGAAUGAGAGGAGGACAUCAGAUGGUCAUUGAUGUACAGACAGAAAUUGUGUAUUUGUUUGGAGGAUGGGAUGGUACUCAGGAUUUGGCUGACUUCUGGGCAUAUAGUGUGAAAGAGAACCAGUGGACUUGCAUCUCAAGGGACACAGAAGCUGAGGAUGGGCCAUCUGCUAGGUCAUGUCACAAAAUGUGUAUAGACUCGCAGCGAAAGCAGAUCUACACACUAGGCCGAUAUUUAGACUCUUCCGUAAGAAACAGUAAAUCUUUGAAGAGUGAUUUUUACUGCUACGAUAUUGAUACCAACAUGUGGACACUGCUGAGUGCAGAUACUGCAGCAGAUGGUGGCCCUAAGCUGGUGUUUGAUCAUCAGAUGUGCAUGGAUUCUGAAAAACAAAUGAUCUACACUUUUGGUGGUAGAAUAUUGACUUGCAAUGGUAAUGUGGAUGAUAGCCGGGUCACAGAGCCACAGUUUAGUGGUUUGUAUGCAUUUGAUUGCCAGUCUCGCACGUGGAAGCUUCUUCGUGAGGAUUCCUGUAAUGCUGGACCAGAAGAUAUUCAGUCCCGGAUAGGGCAUUGCAUGUUGUUUCAUGCUAAAAACCGCUGCCUGUAUGUAUUUGGGGGACAGCGAUCUAAGACUUACUUAAAUGAUUUCUUCAGUUAUGAUGUGGAUAGAGACCAUGUUGAAAUUAUAUCAGAUGGCACGAAGAAAGACUCUGGAAUGGUGCCCAUGACAGGCUUUACUCAAAGAGCUACCAUUGAUCCUGAACUAAAUGAAAUCCAUGUUUUAUCUGGUUUAAGUAAGGACAAAGAGAAAAGAGAAGAAAAUGUGAGGAACUCAUUUUGGAUUUACGACAUUGUGAGGAACAGCUGGUCCUGUGUAUACAAGAAUGACCAGUCUUUGAAUGAAAACCCUAGCAAAAGCCUUCAGGAGGAGGAACCAUGUCCAAGAUUUGCACAUCAAUUAGUAUAUGAUGAACUACACAAGGUGCACUAUUUGUUUGGAGGAAAUCCAGGGAAGUCUUGCUCCCCAAAGAUGAGAUUGGAUGAUUUCUGGUCCCUAAAACUCUGUCGCCCUUCUAAGGAAUACCUACUAAGACACUGCAGAUACCUUAUAAGGAAGCACAGGUUCGAAGAAAAGGCUCAAAGUGAUCCUCUGAGUGCACUGAAAUAUUUGCAGAAUGAGUUGUAUGCAACUGUGAAUCAUUCAGAUCCAGAAGAAACAAAAGAGUUUCAGCUCCUAGCUUCAGCUCUAUUCAGGUCAAGUAGUGACUUUAUUCAUAUGGGACUUUCUAAUGUUGACCACACUUAUGCCCAAAGGACUCAGCUCUUCGACACGCUAGUAAAUUUCUUCCCUGAUAGCAUGACUCCUCCAAAAGGCAAUCUGGUUGAUCUCAUCACACUGUAGCCAAAUUGAAUAAAUGGGCAGAGUUAUAAGAUGAAGACUGGUUAACUUGACGUAUGGAAUGGCUUUGCAGGAGAAACAUUUGCUUCUGAUGGGUGAUGCAAGUGCUGUGCACUGUUGUGGAAUACAGACAAUGCUUCUGGUAAAAUAGAUGAACAGAGUUUCACUCAGCACUGAGAGGUAGCCGAGUAAAUACUGAGUAGUGCUGCCUUUAUUGUAGGGAAUUCAAGCACUGAUUUCAAAUUGCUUGACUGUAACCUAAAGGUCCUUGUAUGAAGUAGUCAACAGGGCUUCUUGCUGGACAGCUCUUUGGCACACCAUUACACUAAUUGUAGUUACCCAAUCUUUUCACAUAUAGUAUUGGGUGUUUCAGCGGUAUACUCAUCCUUGUUAUUUUGAGCCUAGACUGAUGUAACACCUGGUGUAGAAGGCAUGUUAUGUGAUGUAUUUGUUCACACCUGUACUAAACUACCCCGCAUUCAAGGUAAGAGGAACUUAAUUUGAGUAAGGCCCCUUUCUCCCACAAUGCUAACUAUACAAGGUGCCAACUUUGUUGUAAUUUGUGUAAUUAAAAAGAAUGUUAAGUUAUUUUUUCUAUGAAUGUUUAGUUUUUGACCAACCAUUCUAAGGCUGGAAUGUCUUUUAGAAACUUCAUUUAGAUGUUGCUUUUAAUUGAUAAUUUUGUAAUUGUUAAAUUAGGAAAACAUCACUUAGACUUUAGGAACAAGUGGAGCAAAGAAAAGUGUCUCAUGAAUGGCUUGCAAUGAGCCAUCAAAACAAGUAGUUGUAAUGGAAUUUUGUUGUCCCUUUUUUUUGCGUUUAAUUACACAUCUUCAUUUGAAACUGAAAACCAAAGAGGCAAAACCUGAAAAUGUUUUGUUUUGUUUUUUGACACAGCCAUACUCUGCAGAGUUUUAGAAUCCAUUUCCAAGUGAAAAUUAGAAAUAUGUUUUGAGGCUACAGACCUUGGAAAGGUAUACAAUUAUAUUUUGGCUACUUAAAGCUGAUGACUCUGUUUUGACCACUGCUUGCAUGAGACCUUGUUGAGUGCCUGCUGUUGGCUUCACUCUUGUUUAUCUUUCAGAAGAAUGUAUCCAUAUUUUGUGGCCUGAUUGAAGCUAGUAAGGAUUACACUUUCAACUAAGACACUUCUUAGUUGAGCAAUAUCUUUUGAUGUAAAACAUUUAUCCAAUAUUUCAAGCAGGCAGUGAAGUUGAGCUUUAAGGUUUUUUGAAGAUAUUGCACAAUUCAUCUUCCUCUCAAAGUUUGAUACUUGCACAUCCUGUGAAUCAUGCCGGGGGCUCUAGCAGCUAUUUGGGAUUCAGAGUAACACUGUCGUGUCUCCGCUCACUUUUUGGUUUUGUCCCCCACAAUUGGUGCUUAUAUUUAAUGUAUCAGUAAUAACACUGCGUUGAGUGGGGGGUUGCAGUACGUCUGAAGUGCCAGCUGUCAGAUGAGUCAUUAAACCAGGUUGCCACCUCCCUGAGUUGAUAAUUUAAGUGGAUAUUAAAAAAUCAUGUAUUAAUCAAAAAUUGAGAGGGGUUAUUAACAUUAAAUCAACCAAAAUAAAGCAAACCAAUUCCAUCAAAAAAAUGACAUCAUCGUGCUAAGUAAAGGAGAAGAAAGCAGUGAUUCAGUGGAACCCUGCUCACCCAAAACUCUCAUCCAAAUCUGUGGAUAAUUUGAGUUGUGGUUAUGUCCCUGUUUUAGAUAUUAACAGUGAAUGAAUCAUGUAUUUGGUAGCUGACUUACUUUACUUUUACUAGUAAUUGUGUAUCUGGGUAGAAACGUAAAAUGUGUGUGUAGAAUGCAGAAUCAGCAGCCUCUAAUUAAGUAUUUUGCACCCAGUUAUCCACCACCUUACCAUGGAACCCAGCAGCUUGCAGCAGUAUUUCAGUGCUAAGUGAUUUGAUACCUGUGAGUAGCAGGAUUACAAGAUUCCAGACAUUGUUCACAGUUUUACUUUUUUCUUUACCUCUCUUUGUAUUUAUUUGUCUGCCAGUACAUUUACAAGUAUACUAAAUAUAAAAAAGGCAGUCUUCAAGGAGUGAUGCACAGUUUCCUUAACUUUAUUUUUCAUUCAUUUUUAACCAGGUAAUUUCAUUUAAUAUAAGCAUCCCUUUUCUGAAGUGACCCAGUGGCAAUGUCUGGUUAAGUGACUUGCUCAGAGUUGCAAAGUAGGCCAGUGGAGUUGCCAGGAGUCAAACACUGUACUUUAGACUAUAGAAGGCAUGUCAUUGACAGCUUACAGCUUUAUCAAUUGUUUGUAUGACCAGACAGGUUUGUUAAUGUAACUGUACAACUUUUAAAUACAGUACUGCACCUGUAAGCCACAUUGUUUCCCCCAACUACAGUACAGUGGAGUUUUGCAAGGUAACAACUCUCAGUAUGGUUAACAAACAAAAAGUAAAGUCUGUAAAGUUAUGUUUUUUGCUGACAGUGAUUUAUUUGAACUUUUUUCUUACAAUGUUUUAGAUAUGUAGGGGUACUGCCCAGUGUUCAUUUUUGUUCAGUCAUAUACCCAAAGUAUGAAGAAUGAGUCUCCAGGGGAGUUCAGAAAAGUUGGCUUCUGUUGUAUGUGCUGUUUUAUUCUGUAGCACAAACUUCUUAUCAGACCAUUAAAAUAUUAAAUUUU